CAUAAAUGAACACAUUGGAGAGAAGACACUGAAGCAGCUUUUGAUAUACUUCAGAAUGAGUUCUUAUCUUUCUCUGUCUCUGUUGGCAAUGCUGCUAGUAGCUAUCACUUCAACUGAAGGUUUGCGAGGUUCUGGAUCAAGUGACUGCUGCUAUCGUUUCAACAUGAACCCUGUUCCCCAGACAAGGGUAGUCAGUUACGUGAAGACUUCACAGCAGUGCCCCAUUGCUGCUUUUCGACUGAAGACGGUGAAUGGUCGUUACAUGUGUGUAAAGUCUUCAGUCCAAUGGGUGAAGGACCUCAUCAAUGAGCUUGAUGCCAGAAAAAUUUCUGGCGAAACAACUAACUUGUAACCUUUAUUUUGCCCAAAACUGUUGCAAUACAGUAUAUGAAAUACACCGAUCCCUCGUUUUUGUCGAUUAAUGUUUUUUUUAUUUGUGUGUUCAGUGAAUUUAUUCAGAUUUAACAGCUUUGGAAAGAGAUAAAUAUCAAACAAUUACC